CACUUUUGCAGCAGCAACGAAAAUCAAGUUGCAGACCACAUCCCCGCCGCACCACUUCUGCCCAUCCACACGCUCGCUACCCCGUCGGCGCCUCCUCGACGGCGUAGUCUGAGGAUCAAAUUCUUCAGGCACACUUUCAAGCUCACUGACUUGAUUAGAUUCAUUUUUUCAAUUCAAUGAAAAUGGCGAUUUUUCAAGCCAGGACGUGGUUCGCUAGAACCUUCUCGACCGUUGCUUCUCACCCUCUGCGCGUCUGUGUCGUCGGAAGUGGACCUGCUGGCUUCUACACUGCUGAGAAGAUGCUGAAGGCGCAUCAGGAAGCACAGGUGGAUAUCAUUGAUCGUUUGCCAACGCCUUUCGGGCUAGUCCGCUCCGGCGUAGCACCUGAUCAUCCUGAAACCAAGAUUGUGGUCAACCAGUUUACGCGGGUUGCGCAACAUGAAUGCUGCACAUUCUUUGGAAAUGUAACUCUUGGUUCCUCUGUAACUCUCCCUGAGCUUCGUGAGUUGUACGACGUGGUUGUGCUUGCCUAUGGUGCUGAAAGUGAUAGAGUUCUUGGUAUCCCUGGAGAAGAUUUGAGUGGCGUCUAUGCAGCAAGAGAAUUUGUUUGGUGGUAUAAUGGGCACCCAAAUUGCAGAUACCUAAACCCCGACUUGAAGAGCUCUGAUACAGCUGUAAUUCUUGGUCAGGGCAAUGUAGCUCUUGAUGUUGCACGCAUUCUUUUACGACCAACAACAGAGUUGGCUACAACUGAUAUUGCGAGCCAUGCUUUGGCAGCUCUUGAGGACAGCGCUAUAAGGAAAGUGUAUUUGGUUGGGAGGCGGGGACCAGCCCAAGCAGCUUGCACUGCUAAAGAGCUGCGUGAAAUUAAUGGUAUCAAAGAUCUGCAUGUUCACAUCAAGGAAGCUGAUCUACUCACAACCCCAGAAGAUGAGGAAGAGAUGAGGAAUAAUCGAAUUCGAAAAAGGGUUUAUGAGUUGCUCUCUAAGGCAGCCACGACUAGGGCUUCACACCCCUGUUCAGAUCCACGUGAAUUGCACUUUGUUUUCUUUCGGAAACCAGAUAAGUUUCUAGAGUCUAAUGAGAGAAGUGGCCAUGUUUCUGGGGUCAGACUCGAGAAGACAAAACUCAUAGGUGAUAGACCAGGAGAACGAAUGGCUACAGGUACUGGACAGUUUGAAGAUCUUGGAUGCGGGAUUGUGCUUAAGAGCAUCGGUUACAAAUCAGUACCAGUUGAUGGAUUACCCUUCGAUCAUCGGAAAGGCGUGGUUCCAAAUGUUAGAGGGCGAGUUCUAAGUGAUACAUCUGGAGAUCCUAUGCUGCUUGAGAAGGGUUUGUAUGUAUGUGGAUGGUUGAAGAGAGGACCAACUGGGAUCAUUGCUACAAACCUCUAUUGUGCAGAAGAAACUGUUGCAAGUAUAUCUGAAGACCUUAAGCAAGGAAUAUUGGCAUCAUCAUCAAGCGCAGGCAGGGAGGGUCUCCUCCAAUUGCUGGAUAGUCGAAAUGUUAGAGUUAUACCAUUUGGUGAAUGGGAAAAGAUAGAUUCAGAAGAAAGGAGGCUUGGGAGUUUAAGAAACAAGCCCAGGGAAAAAUUAGCCACGUGGGAGGAGCUUCAGAAAGUAGCCAGAGAGUAAAUAUCCAUUUCAGGGUUUCUCUGUUUUCUUUUCUUUUUCUUUUUCUGUUUUCUUAUACGUUUUUUUUGAGCUAGAGGGAUACAUUACAAUUGAAGAAGGAAAAGAAAGAAGAGUGAGAUCAUUUAUUUAUGAAUUUCAGUUAUUAAACCUUUUUUGGCUGAACAUGAGUAUUUCUUGUUGACUCAUUUGAUGCCCCCUUUCCCCCACAAAUAUUUAUAAAUAAUAAUUAAUAAAUGAAAAGCAUUUUGCUAGUUUCUGUAACA